UGGAAGUGACGCCGACGACGGAAGGGUAAAACACGCCGUUGAUUCAGCCCGCGAAUCAAUGGAAAGUCAAGCGAUUCAGGACGAGCUUGAGAGCUUAGAGCUUGAGAUCAAAGAUGUUCAAGGUCAGAUAAGUGCAUUGAUCGAGCAUCAAGACAGGUUAUACGAGAGGAAGUCUGAGCUAAAGACAUUGUUGAAAGCACUAGCAGCUUCAGGAAGUCCUGUUGCAUCUGCUGGCUCGAGUGCUAUAGAGAAUUGGUCUGAGCCAUUCGAGUGGGAUUCGCGUGCUGAUGAUGUUAGGUUCAACAUUUUCGGUAUAUCCAAGUACAGGGCCAACCAGAAGGAAAUCAUUAACGCUGUAAUGGCGGGAAGAGAUGUCCUGGUGAUCAUGGCAGCAGGUGGUGGGAAGAGUCUUUGCUAUCAACUUCCCGCUAUACUUCGUGGUGGUACAACUCUUGUUGUCAGCCCUUUGCUUUCACUGAUUCAGGACCAGGUUAUGGGUUUGGCUGCUCUAGGGAUUUCAGCCUACAUGCUGACUUCUACCUCUGGCAAGGAAAAUGAGAAAUUUGUUUACAAGGCACUUGAGAAGGGUGAAGAUGACCUUAAGAUACUAUAUGUAACACCGGAAAAGGUAUCAAAGAGCAAAAGAUUCAUGUCAAAGCUUGAAAAGUGCCACAAUGCUGGUCGCCUCUCUCUUAUUUCAAUUGAUGAGGCUCAUUGUUGUAGUCAAUGGGGUCACGAUUUUCGCCCUGAUUACAAGAACUUAAGCAUUCUAAAAACUCAGUUCCCAAAAGUUCCCAUGGUGGCGUUGACGGCAACUGCUACACAGAAGGUCCAAAAUGAUCUGAUAGAGAUGCUGCAUAUUCCUAAAUGCGUCAAAUUUGUUAGCAGUGUUAACAGGCCAAAUCUCUUUUACUCGGUACGAGAAAAGUCGCUAGUUGGUAAAGUUGUGGUUGAUGAAAUAGCAGAAUUCAUACGGGAAUCAUAUUCUAACAAUGAAUCUGGAAUAGUCUAUUGUUUCUCUCGAAAGGAGUGUGAACAGAUUGCAGGUGACUUACGAGAUAGAGGGAUCUCUGCUGAUUUUUACCACGCAGAGAUGGAUGUAAAUAUGCGUGAAAAAGUGCAUAUGCGAUGGAGUAAGAACAAGUUGCAGGUCAUUGUUGGAACAGUUGCCUUUGGCAUGGGAAUCAACAAGCCUGAUGUCAGGUUUGUCAUCCAUCACAGUUUGAGCAAAUCAAUGGAAACUUACUACCAGGAGAGUGGUCGUGCUGGUCGUGAUGGCCUCCCAUCUGAGUGCGUCCUCUUUUUCCGUUCGGGUGAUGUUCCCAGGCAGAGUUCCAUGGUCUUCUACGAGUAUUCUGGUCUGCAGAACCUCUAUGAUAUAGUACGAUAUUGUCAGUCUAAAACAAAAUGUCGUCGAAGUGCUUUUUUCCGUCAUUUUGGGGAGCCAUCACAAGAUUGCAAUGGAAUGUGCGACAACUGUGCCUUGUCAAGUGAGGUCAAGGAAGUUGAUGUAUCGGACCUAGCUAAGCUCGUGGUUUCUAUGGUGCAAGAAAUGCAAGCCAAGGAUCAAAGAGUGACAAUGUUACAGCUGGGUGACAAACUGAGAACUAAGCACAAGGAUCUAAGUGCUGAGCUAAAGAGAGAAGAGAUAGAACACCUCGUGAUAAAACUGAUUGUUGACUCGGUAUUGAAAGAAGAAUUCCAGCACACACCAUACUCAACAAACGCUUAUGUAACAACGGGACCAUUGGCAAACCAAUUGUUGCAAGGAAGAAAGACGAUCAAAACAGAAACCUCAAGCAGACAAAUCAACAAGAAAUCAAAAAGAAGUGUUUCAUAUUCCGGAAUAGAAUUCAAGCUUGACGAGCUACGGAAAGAGAUAUCUGCAGCUCAUGGAAGCAUACUCCCUCACACGGUCCUCUCAACUCAGCAGAUUGGCUCGAUAAGUUCCCGAAAACCAGAUUCACUACAAGAGUUGGAGAGUAUUAUAGGAAAACUGAAAACAGAGAAGUACGGAGACAGGAUUCUCGAAGUGAUGAGACAGGAUGCAGUCUCUGAACAACUUGGUGAAGAUCCAACAAAUGAAGAGACAUGUAAAAGCAGAUCAAGUAAAAGAGCUAAGACACAGAAGAAUGUUGUUUUGGUAGAGAGCAGCGAAGAUGAAGAAGAAGAAGCUUGAUGAAUUAAAUAUCUUUAGUCCAAUCAUCGUAGUUUUUUGGAGAAUUUUAGUUCUUUCUUUCUUUGUUGAAGCCGGUUUACACCAUUCUUUAUGUCAGGAAUUGAUCCGGUUUUUAAAUUAUAUAUAUAUAUAAAAAAAAACAGAAUCUGACCGAUUUACAUGGUUUGAGUUUCUUGCUAACAGCUCUUCGUGCUUUUAUGCAUUUAGGAAUUGACGUUUAA